GGCGGAGUUUCUGAUUUGACUGAUUCACGAGUUCCACACGAUCGUAUCGCAGUCACAAUACGGUUCGUGGAAAUGCAAAAUUUACACUUCAACAGGUGAUUGUGCCAGAGAACGUCCGAAAAUUCAUAUAUUUUUUUAAAUCUCGGACUAACCAAGAAUGCCGAAAAAAUUCGUAGGCGAGAACAGCAAGGCUGUAGUGGCUCGAGCUCGAAAAGCAGCCGCGAAAGAAGCUGAAAACACAAAAAAAGCACAAGAAGCCGAAGACAGAGCCUGGCAGGAUGACGACAAACAACUAUUAAAGAAAAAACAAAAGCAGGAGGAACAGGAGAAAAAGCGUCUAGAACAACUGCAAAAGAAAGCAGAUGCUAAAGCUCUGUUGGAGAAAGAAUUGUCUACAAUAAAAAUAGGUGGAAAACAACCUUUGGCGAAAUUGACCAGAGCGGAAAUUAUGGCAGAAACAGAAAAGCGGAAUCAAGUCGCUGGAAAGAAGAAAGAAGAAGAAAAGCCGAUCGAAGAAAAUCUUAAUAGAAUCAUCCUCGAGGGAGAAACGGCUCAUGGAAUCGACGAAGCUCUUUCAGUCUUGAGUGUCAAGUCCGCAGAAGUGGAUAAACAUCCAGAAAGAAGAGUUAAGGCUGCUUAUACGGCAUUCGAGGAAAGGAUGAUGCCGAUAAUUAAAGAACAAAAUCCAACAUUGAGACUCAGUCAGUUAAAACAAAUUCUAAGGAAGGAAUGGAUGAAGUCUCCCGAUAAUCCGCUCAAUCAGCGACUUUUGAACAGCUAGUCUCGAUCCCAUUCCUUGGACAGAAAUCGUACUCAGAAGCGACUGACUAACUUUCCUCUCGGAAUUAUCGAUCUAACAGGCUGUAAUGUCAUAGUCCUUUCGAAUCAUUUCAGGAAACUCAGUUUUUGUAAAUUAAUAAUUUAUAAUUUAUUAGUCAGUGCUGUAAGAUCGUAAAGUAUAAACAUUAUGCAAAUCGUCUUUGGUACAACUUACAACGUGCGCACUUCGAGGCAUUUUAUAUAAGUAUUUUAAGUCUAGAUUUCUAGAUCGAAGGUGUGUUUUCACGGGUUUCGUCACACAAAGUUUCCAACUAGGUUGAGGAACUGAGUGUCAGUGUUUUAGUUCGGAAUUCUAAAUGAUUUCGCACGCUUGUAAAAACAGGAUAUUAAAAGGAGUAUUAUAUCAGAUCGUAUAAAAAAAUAUCUAAACU